AUGAGCGAUUAUCGCGACAGCGACGUGCUGAAAAUCUACAUAGCGGAUAGGAUCAGAAACGAAGUUCCUCGCAUCGAGAGCCCUAUCCAACUCAAAUGCCAAGAUUUCAGCAGCAUACCGCAAGUCUUGGCAGAGGUGAAGCGCAAGCUCAGCAAACUGGGAUGGUCAGGAGAAGAGGAGCUGAAGCUUUGCGCUAUGAGUGGUGAAGGCGGUGAGCUGAAAGAUUUCCAAGAUUUGUUGUCAAACUUCCAAGACAGUGCGUGCGAAGUGCGCCUGGUAUACGAUGUCAACGAUACGUGUGAAUGGAUCACUAGUAUCGCUCCCAACAAGCGGCGACUCAUCGAGGGCUCUAUCAGCAACUACACAUUUCUUUCAGCUCUUGGGGAGCUGUUGGACAACGCGAUCGAAGCCGUCAUGCAGACUGGAAUCGAAGAGAGCAAGAAGAUUGAGAUUAUCAUCGACUUGAUCCAGAAACGAUUUUCUCUGCAUGACAAUGGGGUUGGCUGCGCAGACCCAAAGAAAUUGCUUCAGUACGGCUCAGCGAGAGCAGAUGUGCAACGCCGGUAUGAUCCAUCCAGUCGAUCUUUCCUCAGAUACUUUGGAGGAAGUUUCUCCCGGUAUGGAGUCGGAUCCAAGAAUGCAUGCAAUCUACUCGGAAAGACCAUUCGUAUCAUUAGCAAAAGCAAGGGCUCAAUGAUUGAGAACUCGGUGAAGGAUUCGGACCCCAACGCAUGGAUUGCAUCGAGCUUUGCGAGACGGUUGGAGGAUGCAGGAAUGGUGAAUGCGAGCUACUGCAAGAUAGUCAUCGAUGAGUUCGACACGACCUUGCUCGAGACCGGGAGCUUGCCCGCCGACGAGGGGAUACUUGAGACUAUCAAGAGUCUGCGAAUGAUGUACUUCAUGUAUCUUGGAGUGAACCAAUCUCAAGGGAGCAAGCCCGGUUUCUAUCUCAUGGCGCAGAAAAUUCUGAGAGCAUGUCAGGAGACAUGUGUUUGCGAGAAUGACGUUCAGGAGAUUAGAAACAUCGAAGUGACAACAAGGAUGGUGAAUGAUAAGAACAAGCUGAUUAAGGCGAUUCAGCUGCUUGACGAGGCGAAAACUUUACCGCACCUGGAACUAAACCUCAAGGUGACCUCAGAAGGUCAGAAAGGACAUGAAGUUGUUCAGGAGAUGACGGUGGCUCAUUGUGCGAGUAGCUGUUGUCUUGACACGCUGCUGAGCGACGCUGCUGUUGACUGCUUUCCUCUCUACCUUGACUUGAGAGAAUACAAGCGGAAAGAUCUCGUUUUCAAGAAAACGAUGGUUAUGGGAGCCGUGUUUUACUUCCCGAAACGAAACAACAGUGAAACGAUUCAAUUUGUGGACAGACUGUUUGGUCUAUCUUGCGCGGAGCACAGGAGAUUCAUGACUUUCUGGAUGGGGCGAUGGUUGCUAGCAGAUCAAUUUAUGCCCGAGUUCAUGCAGAAGAGCAAGAGCAAAAGAACGAAGUUGAACAUCUCAGCUGAUGUACGCAACAGAGCAUUUGGAAUCAUGUUUGUUGACAGAGACAUUGCACCGGAAGCCGACAAGACCAAAUUGCAUCAAAGAGAAGGAAAUCUGUCGAGAGUGCAAAAAGCUUUUAAGGAUAAGGUUCUGUCUGAGGCAUAUGAUACCUGGCUGCUGUUGUGUCACCGCAAGUAUGACGAAGAAAUCACCUUCGAGGAUGAAGACGCUGAGUUUGACACAAACCAACGCAUUUUCACCCACCAGUCUAUCACUUUCAGCGGCAAGAAGUUCAACGUCGGUGACUACGUUGAGGUGUUCGAGGCUGAAGAGGCUCAUUUGGAAAACAAGGACAAAAAGAGCUUACUUGUCGGGCAGAUCCGACGGUUUCUACAGCAUCGCAACAGCCUCCAUCAGGGGAAGGUAGAGAUUUUGAUGCUAGAGACAAACAAUCGCUUUGAAAAUGUGGAGCAAAAAGAGAUUCCAGACUGGUCGAUGAGGUUGAUUGACGCGGCAACCUUUGAAGAGCACAAGGAGAAGAACAAAGGAAACCUCGCCAGUGAAGUUUUCUUCGUUCAGAGCAAGAAGCGAAUCCGAGCUGGCGAUCAGCGCGUACUCAAGCUCGAGUGUCGCAAUCACCUCGGAGCGAGAAUCGACGUCAAUCCAAUGUGUACGUUGCAUGUGAUAUUCCACCAGGAAGACAUGAAGCAGGAGAAAUUUGUUCUUCCUGAUCGUAACGAUCCUUUCGGCACCGACCCUGUCUUCUUGACAAAGGCUGGCGAGUACACUGUGAGUCUUGAGUCCACUUUACCUCAUCACCCCAUCGCUUGCACUCCCCUUCGCUUCAGGGUCGUUGCAGGAGAUGUGAGCAAAGUGAAGAUGAACGAUGAUGUCCGAGUGGUCUCGAUCAGGUUCGGACGCCAGUCCUCGUUCAAGGCUACCUUGUAUGACGAGUACGACAACGUUGUCAGCCCCCAAGAAAUGCAUAAGCCGAGGAUCAAGCUAAGCCAAGUAGAGCAAUCCUUCUCCAUUGCAAGCAGACCUCCUCAGUUGCAAGUAGAGACAACGUUGCACGAAGACGCGAUAGAAAUGAAGAUCUUGGAGGCUCGAGAUGGGAGUGCUGGCAAGUUCAAGGCAACGCUCAUCGUCACGAGUGAGAGUGGAUCGUCUGUUCAUGUGGACUUUGAUCUCGAGGUCCAGCAUGGAGAUCCUCAGUGCAUCGAGGUAGAGCCUGUUGACUGCAGUCAAGGCCUGGAGCUUACUAACCUGUCUGAGCUCCCUGAUAUUUCUUGCUCCAUCAAAGACAGGUACAGCAAUCCGUGUGACACCAUUGGUGAAACAGCAAAGAUGUUCGUCACCAGCACUGAUCUACGGCUUGAGAGUAGUUACAUCAGCUGCCCUUUAUUUGCCGGAAAAUGCAUUCUCCUUAUGGACAAACGUCUGCAAAGUUUGUACUUCAACAGACCUGCUGACAAGAGAACCGCAAAGGUGAAGAACUGCAGUGUUGUCAGCGCGUGGGGAGCAAAGAAAAAGACGCAGGAGCACAAUCAAAUCGGAGCAAACCUGAACGAUACUUGGAGAAGUCUGUUGGAGAAGCAAGAAGAACCUGCGGGAUUCUUUUGCCAUGAGCAUGGAUUCUUUACCAAGGGUGACUGGCUGCUCGUGCGCCUCGAUUCAGAUCAACCCAACCGGUACAAGUAUCAACAGGGCAGGCUUGAGUCAGUGAGCAAGGAGCGAGGGAGGUGCUGUUGGUGGGUCAAGUACUUCAACGCUACGAGCGAUAGCUCCCGCCUUCUCGUACCUGCGGAGGGUGGCCCUGAGAUGUUGAACAUUGACAGGAUCCAAAAGAGGAUUCUUGUGCUUCAUCAUUCCUUGAUGGACCGACUUGACGUCUGCGUGCUGAACGAGGACGUUUACUUCGCCUGCUGCGAUGAAUGCACAGCUGACCUCCAGGCAUCUCUCGACUUCUUCCUGCACAGCGACGAUAAGCUGCUGCAUCGAAGAAUGUCUUUCCCCCUCAAGACCAGCGGGACGCCGGUGAGGUUCUUGAUUAGCCAGCAGGGAAAGAUUCUUGGAGAAGGAGAUGCUCUAGUGGUGAUCGAGGUUGAUUAUGGCACUGUUCUUGACAACCUGUUCCUGCUCGCGAAAGACGAGACAAUGCAGCCGUGCAUUGACUUGAAGGAAACUGUCGAGGUCAGGUGUAGCUGGCAGGAAGCAGGGAGCCCAUUGAAGUUCCGACCUGCGAAGGCUAAGAAGCUGCUACUGCCAGAGUUUGUCGCAAAGCAAGAUGAGACGUAUUCCAUCAACAUCAACAAUGAUAAUGGCAUUCCUCAGGAUCUGAAAAUUCAGGUCAGAGUGAAUCGAGGUGAACCAGCUCUGCUGAGGCUGCAAGUCGAGCGGGACAAGGUUGUUGUUGGAGAAAGUUUCAGCCUAAGAGGUUUCGUGUGCGAUCGCAACGGCCUCGUCAUCGAUAACUUUGGAGAUUUCGACAUUGACCACGAGACGUACACCUUCAAGUUUGAAACCAACGAGCGCGAAGAACGGGAGAUCUUAAUGAAGGACAGUCAGGGCGUUGAAGUGUCAGGGGUCAAAGCAAAGGGCAACAUCACUACUCAUGACAAUGACUUUCAGAUGAGAAAUGUUUACAUCAAGUGCAAACCAGCUCGAGGAACGUUUCGGAUGGAGAUGAAGAUCAAACCUAAGAAGAAGUAUGCUCAGCAAUGGUAUGUGAUGAAGGCGAUUGAGAGUCAGAUUGAACUGCAUGCCGGCAAGGCUUCGGAGAUCAUGCUGGAUGGCAGGCACACGAAUUUGUUUCCCCUUCAGGUCCCCAGCAACCUCGAGUAUCUUUGCGAGAUCUUCUUUCAGGUGACCGACUGCUCCGGCAACAACCUGUCAGAGCACUGGGAUACCGAUCUCACGCUUGACAUCCCCAAGUCAUCUUCCGCAAAGCUACAGAAGUGGAGGGAGCAAGGUCGAGAAACUGUUUACAGACUCGCUCGUCUGCCCCCUCUGCCCAAGGGGCAACACAAGAUCACACUGAAAUCAAAAAAGUUGAAGAGCUUGGAGCUGGUGGUUGUCUCCAUGCCUGGAAACACCGUGCAGCAACUUGGACUCGAGGUUGAGCCAAGCGUCAAGCACCUCCAGGCGACAGUGUCAGGAGAUCGGAUGACCGCAGACUUCACGGCCAAGAUCACCUUCCACACAGAGGACGGGCAAGAGUUGAAAUUCAGCUCUGAAAUACCCGAUGUGAAGCUUGUUUGCUCUGCCAAUGGAAAGAAGGACGUGGAGUUAGGAACGACCCCAAUAUCGUUUGAAGGCAACCAGCUUAUCUGCAUGUUCUCCUUGAACGAGGUUGGGAACGACCUGAAGAUCAAAGCAGUGUUCGAAGACACAAGGCUAGGUUCGUCAAAGACAACAAAGUCAACGGCCUGCAAGGUGAAGGUCGAGCCAGGACCGGUACAUUGUAUUCUCCUGCCAAGCUGCAAACUAGAAGGAUCGAUGAAUCGCUUUACCUUCAGCGUACACGCUGCCGAUCGCCUUUAUCAGCCCACCUCUUACCAUCCUGUUUCCGACUGGAAGCUUUCGAUCUCGCCGCGCGUGCUGGAGGUCGACGACUUUGAGAUUGAGGCUGAACCUGUCCAGCUCUCCUCCUCCUGUCCUGGCAGAUGCUCGUCGUUCCGCCUCAAGCCGCGCCGCUGGUCUGAUGGUCGCGAUCUGUCGCGAUGCACUGUGUGCUUCGACACAGCCUGCAACUUUGACCCGCCUGUGCCCAGCAAACAGCAUCAAGUCAACCUCGUGCAUUACGACACGGUCACCGAUGACGCAGAAGACGUGGAUGGAGAUGCUGCUAGCUUCGCUGAAGAAGAAGAAGAGAGGACGAGAGCAACGAAGAUCGAGAUCUCACGUUGCCGCAACGAGUUGGAGCAGUCACAGAGGAAGAUCAAGAACUGCCUACAAACGAUGCCGACUAAAAGCUGCUUCUCCCAUGAGAUCACUCAACUUUCUCUUGAACUUGAUGCCGCAGCCGAUGCGCAGAAAGGUCAAGUAUGCGAGCGCUGGCUGUCAAAGGUUCGAUCUAUCCAGCGAGAGCUCGAGGAGAAGGCGACUCGCUGGAGCAAGGCAACCUUUCUGCCCUGCAAGUAUGAAGCCAAGAUCCCACAGGGCCACUCGUGCCUGGGCUGCCCGGCCUCCUUGUAUCAGAUCGACGACAGCAGGGCAACGGAGCUGCAGGUCGCCAUCUCGACCGCCUUUGGUGCUGAGCUCUCCACCCUCGUCUUCUCCUCCAGCCACCAGAUGAACAAGUACGUCGAGGACAGGCUCUCCCGUAACCCUGACACUGCCGACCUGCGCGCCAUCGCUCUCCCGGACAUGAUCGACUCGCCCGACGGAGCAAGCGACGAGGUUCCUCGCGCUGCCCUGGGAAGGGCCAACAAGUUUGUGAGGCAAGUAAGGGCAGGAGACGCGAUGCUCGACUCGCUUGCUCGUCGCUUCUUUGGCAGGCUAGUUGUGUUCGAGCUACACCAGGAUGCGCGCGCCUACCGGGCAGCUGCAGGAGAGAUGGCGGUCGGGCUUGACGCGCCCAACAACGUGCUCCUGUGGAACGGCUCGAGGGUCGUGGCCAGCAAAGAGAAAAGGUCGAGCAACGUGCUGGGAGUAGCCAACGACUACAUGUCGAGAACGCAACAGAAGCUGAAAGAAGACACGAAUGCCGCAGGAGAGAUAGACAGGUUGCUGCGCGAGAUCAAGGAUUUCUGCACGAGCAUGGCAGAGCAGCAGGAGAAGAUCAAUGCCCUUGAGCAGUCAACUCAUCUCUCCUCAGUCUCUACUGCUAUAUCAGUGAGCAAGUCGAGCAGUAGGGAGAUCCUCACUCCAAAGCGAGGCGCUCGGCACGCAGUUAGGGAGGUUGAGGAUGAGAUCCCCAAGAAGCGACUCAAGGAUUCUCCUUUUUCUCAUCGCUAA